UGGUUGCCAUGCACGUUUCGGGCCAAGCCAAGCCGUUUGAUCUGCCUAGAUUCUAUCAGCGUGCAUGCCGCAAUUUCUCUUCUUGGAAUAAGAAGAAAAGUUGAAAUGAUGUUUUAACCUCCAUCUGCUCCACUGAUGAUGAUGAGUCGAGGGUCGGAAAAAAAAAGGGGGGUGUUGUGCUUACUACAAAUGGCUCUUCGCUCAAGGGCAUAGGCCCCGAAUCGCCAUGAUUAAACACGCGUCGUUCUCGAUCUCUGUCGUUACCUUUUCCUCGUGGCUGGUGCAUCGGUCAAUCUCUUCUCAGUUUCCACUGCCUUAGACAACUUAUAGCUUUGCACAAAUCUUUCAGAAAGCUCGCCCUCCCGUGACGCACUCCGAAAGCUACGCCGUUUCGCCUCCCCAGGAGCUCGAUCCCAUGCAAGCACAAGGGGUCGUGAUCCGGCUCUAGUCGAGUAAGGCCUGGCGUGGGAAAACCAGAGCGUUCGCUUUCUCGGAAGAAAUUGUAGAGAGAGAGAGAGAUGGAAGGCGGGAAUGGGAGCAGGAUGUGGAAGACGCUGAAGCAACGGCUGGGAAUCAAGCGCAUGGGCUGCUGCGGCGCCGCCACGUGGACCCCACCGCCCCGCACCAUCCUCACCAUCAUCACCGAGCCGUCGUCGCCCGAAAUGACGGACGACCCGGAUGGAGGGCGCGGCCGCGAUCGUCACGCCGCCGCCAUGCACCCGAGCGACGUCCCGGCGGCGCGCGACGACGAGGAGCGCGCGCUGCUGCAAGCCCCGGCGCUCUCGGGCAUGAACCUGGCGGCGGCGCUCGAGGCGGAGCGCAACCUGGGGAGGGGGCGGGGGCCCGGGCCCGUGAAGACGCUGAUGAGGCUGAUCGAGGAGACGGACGGGGUGGACCUGAAGCAGGGGCGGAGGAGGGACAAGGGGGCGGCGAGGAAGAGGAACGGAGGCGGCGGCGGCGGCGGGGGCGGGGGCGGCGGCGGCGGCGCGGGGUGCGAUUGGGUGUGCUGCGUGUGCAUGGAGAGGAGCAAGGGCGCGGCCUUCAUCCCGUGCGGCCACACGUUCUGCAGGGUGUGCUCGCGGGAGCUGUGGGUCAAUCGCGGGUGCUGCCCCAUUUGCAACCGUUCCAUUCUUGAGAUUCUUGACCUAUUUUGAGGAAUUCUUACUUCAGAAAGGUUCCCAAUUUUUUGCUUGCAAAACAUGCAGUCAUGCACAUAGAUGGGAGUCCUCUUGGGUAAGAAAGGACUGUGAAUUUUUCUGGUGGUUGGAAGGAGUUUUUUUCCUACCCCAAACCUGAGAAAAAUUUUGUUGAAUGGUUGCCGGGUAUGUCGCGUUAGCAAUUGAUAUGAUAUGUGUUAGAUCAUUUUAUGAAAUGAUGCAUGUUAUACCAUGUGAAA